GGACUUCCCUCCCUCUCUUCUUCUCUGCGCUCCGCUCCGUUCGGUGUCCGCGGUGAGGCGGGAGUGGGCGUGGCGCCGGAGCGGAGCCCCGCAGCAGCUGGGGUCUCCGCUCCCUCCCUCCCCCGGCGGCCUCGGGCCGGGCUGCGAGGCCGGAGCACCUCGCGGCCGGGGCGGGGUCAAAAUUUACCGGGUCGGUCCUCAGCAAGGCAGCGAGCGAGGGACUCGGCAGGAGGCGGAGGGAGGGCGGGGAGCAGCGGAGCAUCAUCUGGCGGGGAACGCGAGGAACCAAAUGACUGUGAGGAAGGGCGGUAGCCGCCACCGCCGCCGACAGAGGAGCGAGCCGCGGCGCAGCGGCAGCAGCAGCCCCGCUACCCGAGGCCUGCUGGGCGGCGAUGGCGGCGGGCGGCGGCGGGGCUGAGCAGUGCUGAGCCGGGCUCGCCGCCCGCGGGCGCCGCAUGGCGCGGGCCUGAUGCCGGAGCGCGGCCCGGCGCCGCGGCGGCGCUGCGGGAACAGGAGGAGGAUGGCGGGGCUGGUGUGGAAGUGGCCGCGCACCCGCCUGCCCGUGGGCGCCAGCGCCUUGGGCGUCUUCGUCCUCUGCUGGCUCUACGUGUUCCCCGUGUACCGGCUGCCCGACGAGAAGGAAAUAGUGCAGGGGGUGCUGCUGCAGCAGGGCAAGGCGUGGAAGAGGAACCAGACUGCGGUCGCCCUGUUCAGGAAGCUGCUGGAAGAAUGCUGUGACCCUGGGCAGCUCUUUGCUAUGACGAAGAUUAAUUCUCCCAUGGGAAAGAACCUCUGGUUUGAUGGGGAAUUUUUAUAUUCUGUCACAAUUGACAAUGCAACUUACUCUCUCUUCCCACAGGCUACUCCCUUCCAGCUGCCACUGAAGAAAUGCUCCGUGGUGGGAAACGGUGGGAUCCUGAAAAAGAGUGGCUGCGGCAAACAAAUAGAUCAAGCAGAUUUUGUCAUGCGGUUCCAGAAUCUGCUGUGGUCCCGAAAAGCCUUUGUGGACAGUGUGAAGGUCUAUAACCACAGCUACAUCUACAUGCCAGCCUUCUCCAUGAAAACAGGGACAGGACCCUCCCUCCGCGUCUACUACACCCUGGAGGAUUUUGGUGCCAAGCAGGCAGUCCUUUUUGCCAACCCCAACUUCCUGCGGGACAUCAGCAAGUUCUGGAAAAGCAAAGGUAUUCACGCCAAACGCCUUUCCACAGGGCUUUUCCUGGUCAGUGCUGCCCUUGGGCUGUGUGAGGAAGUAACAAUUUACGGCUUCUGGCCGUUCUCAGUGGACCUGCAUGGGAAGUUUAUCAGCCAUCAUUACUAUGACAAUGUCCUGCCUGACUCUGGAUUCCAUGCCAUGCCAGAGGAAUUUCUACAACUUUGGUUUCUUCAUAAAAGUGGUGUACUGAGAAUGCAGCUAGAACCAUGUGAGGACCCUCUAAUCCAGCCUUCAGCCUGAGGAUCAUAGGAGUUGAUUUGGGAGAUCCAAUAGUUUUUAAUUUCCAUGCUCUCCAACAGAGAGUUCUGUUUUAUGUUGGUUGUUUUUAAAGGGAUCUGCAUGGACCAUAAAGAUGCUACUUGAACGCCAAAUGGAAUAUGUCCUUAUUGUUUAGUGCUUAAUGGAAUUGGGAGGGAAUUAAAUGUAUCUCUCAAUCAAGUCCAUUCAGCAGCAGUGGGAAAACACGUCAGAAGCAGCACAGCUGAACUUUCCGGGGACGUUUUUAAGUGACAAGUGUAAAAGGGCAUUAAGGCUCAGAGAAUCACCGGGCCACUCACAAGCUUUUGCUGACAGUGCCAAAUAUGACUACCUGUUCCAAAUUCCAUUUCAUUCCAGAUCAGCACCCUGUAGAACUUCACUUUUCCCUUGCUUUUUUCCUCUGUUUGGGUGUGUGUGUGUGUGUAGGACAGCAUGUGUGUGUCAUUGACUCUUUGUUUCUUUUUGUUCUAUUCGUUUUUUGUUUGUUGGUUUGUUUUAUCCACACCCCCUCCCCCUCCCUGCCCCCAGCAGUGGAAGGAAAAGGAAGGGCUUAAAAGCCCAAGGGCUGAGUACCAUCAGCCCCUCUGAAGACUCUUGGGAGAGUGAAGGUGCUAAGAAUCUGGUUAGAAUGUCAUAGGAAUGCCUUGCUACUGGGGAUGGAUAGACCUAUGUGUUGUAGGUUUUAUUGGGAUAGUUCAGGUCAUUGCACUUACAGCUAUACCGGUGCUGUAGUGUGGGCAAGAGCUGGUUAAGGCAAACUGGUCUGAAAAGAAAACAUGUUACAAAACCACUAGUGAAGUGCAGCCUGAUUUCAGUGCCCGCUGCAAGAUUUCCACAGUGACUUUCAAAGCAGGGAUGGUUCCUGACCUGUUUUGCUGUCCAGCCUUAGGGAUUAAUUCUGCAUUCAUUUGGACUCCAGAUGUUCAUGGAUUGUUGAGGGUAUUUGAGGGGUUCAGUGGCAUGCAGAAUGAGGUUCUUCAUGUGCUUAUAGCAGGAAAGUUGCAGAAAUGAAUGUGUCAUUUAAAAUUAGUCAAAGCUUCAAAAAUCGUUUCUCUGCAUAUGACUUACUUUUCUGCUUGGAUUGUAAUGUUAGCCUUAAAGACUUGCACUUCUCACGUGAGAUUGUCUCUGCUUAAAGAGAGUCUGGGAAGUAAAACAGCCUUUGGGAGCACUGAAAAGCUGCACAGCCAGCAAGAAAAAGGAAAAAUUAGAAGGGCAUGCCUUAUGUAAGGCAUCUCUGCUUGCAGUGGUGAAUUCCAUCAGUGUGCACAUGCCUGAAGGACUGUUUUAUUUUGGGUUAUUACUUGGGCAGCAGAUGGUCCUCUCACCAUGGAAAUGAGAAAUCUUUUUGUUUGCUUGCUUUGGUUUAGCACUGGAGGACAAGAGGAGAAUCCCAGCUCAGUCUGUGGUGCAAUUUCAGCUGCAAGGUAUUACCACCAUUAACUUGAAAAAUCCAGAUCAGUGUUCUCUUUCUUAUUAUCUUAUUACUGAAAAUCUAGUCAAGGUGUUGGAACAACAAAACUGUCAUCAGCUUUCCACAACAACUUCCUGUGCUAUUCUAGCUCUAAAGUUCUAGUAUUUUCGGGGAUGUGUCUUCUCAUGUGUUGAUAAGGUCUCUCCUUGUAGACUACCAGCUGCAAGUUCUAUAGAUACAAUUAAUUUUUUUAAGAAGCAAAAUCCAUGGCUCUUUUUUAAAUAUGAAUAAUUCAACUGUCUGUGUAGGACACUGGGGAAAAAAUAGUCAUGUUUUUCUUUUUAAACUUAUGUUUCAUAAUAAAAAUUUUCCUUUGGAAUAUGGGUAUUCCAAGCAUAAAGUGGACACUGUUUCAUAGGAUCACAGGGCAAUGCUAAAGGGUAAUGUGGAGAUUUUGGAGUGCUCUAGUUAUUGUUCUGAUAAAAUCUGAAUGUACCUCAUAGCCCGUGUUAUCUUUGUUCAUGUUUUUGUUAAAAGUACAGUCAGCACACUGAUGGAACAUCACUUGAUAAUUCAUUCCAUUUCAUUAGUGCGUUACCUAUGAUGUGGGGACUCAGUGGCAAAAGAUUUGAAAGUAAAAUAUUUUCCUUGAUGCUUGUUAUGGCAGAAUUUGACUGAGCUGCCUUUCUUGGAGACGAAGAGGUGCCGGUAUGGUUUUUAUUGGGUGCAUCAGGUUUGCGCUGUUUAGUGCUUUAUAGAUUGCAUUAUCUGUGAAAACAACAGUUGGAAUAUGAUGUGCUAAAAUGGCACUUCAGCAGGAUGCCAGCAUUGCCUUGAGGGCAAGAGGGAACAAGGAGAGAAGGGGGGAACUGCCUGUUUGCUGGUCAUCUUUUGGUAUUUUUACCAGUACUUAGGAUUAACUUCUGAACCUCUCUUACAGCUCUCCAACCCCUUGGAAAUUAUUUGUUCCAUGUGUGGGGAAAAUAAUUGGAUUAGAAGAACAAGGGGAAAACAAAUAUUUUUGUAGGAAAACUCUGUCCAGUGUUUCGUAUCAGUGCCCUGGAUAUCUGGAGGUGUUGUAUUCCCCACCUCUCUCUGUAAGACUGAACCUGAGGCCUUCGUGAGUCCCUUCUGGUGUCUGCAGUCCUGAUGUUUGCUAGGAGAUGGCUUCCAAGGAAUUAUGGGGGCAGGAGAGACCCAGGCUGUGUGUGAUGUGUGGCUGAUAUUGGAGAAAUUUAUAGUUCUGGCUCUGUUCACAUUUACAUAUAGUGAGUAUAACUGCAUUGUACAAAGGCAACCACAUUUGAUGAGGAAGUAAUGGCUUCAAGGGUAAAUAAUUUUUUAUAGCUUCCAGAAGACUGGCAGUUGAGAAAAGGAGAGAAACAAAAAUAAAUGCUGCUUUUGAAAUGCAAAAUCUGUUUUGGCUGACUUGUCAGUCCAUGGAAACACUGGCCAGCAAUCGGCCUUUUGCCCAGAGGUAAAAAGGGAUGCAGGAGAGCACUGCAAGUCUUUUGUGGCAAGAGCAGUCAAAAAGACAAAACCAAGCAGCUGGGCGAUGCAGUCGCGCUUUGGUGUCGCUGGCGAGAACGCUGCGUCUUCCCCGAACGUCCCACAUUAGGAUCCAGCUCUCCCAGAGUCGCCAAUCCCUGUCAGGGGCACACAGGCAAGACCACGAGGGCAUUCGCGCAAGCACUCUCAACCACCGGUGCGGUGGAGGCACACACACACUAGCAGUCUCAGAACUGCCGAUCGGAAAUAAUGGAGCAGGAGGGGUCUCUCGCAUAGAAUUCCGACAAUUUAUUCCAGGGAGGGUCCAGAAGUGAAAGACCUUGAAGGCAGAGGGUUCCACUAUAAUAUAAGGGGAGGUACAAGGGGUGGACAAAGCAACAAAGUCCAAUCCAGUAAGGGCCAGGGUGCGGGGAGGGUGCAGACUGACGAUAAAGGGACCAAUGAGGAAGGAGGGGGGAGAGGCAAAGGAUAGAGAACCAAUGGGGUGUCAGGGUACACAGAACCUUCUAGAUAACAUACAUAUUAACAGGGGGAAAUACAUAUUCAAAGAAAAAGGGGAGGGCCAAUGGGCCAACUAAAUAUAGUCAUUUGUGGGUACUCACUCUAACCCAGGGGGAAGAUGCUACACCUCGGAGCUGGCCCACCAUUGAACCUCAGCUGAUCUCGGGCCUUGCGGCUCCCCAGCUGGUCUGGUGGCAGCCACAACCACCGCAACAACUGAGAACAUAAGAGUGGCUGUUACCUGACAAAAAUGUUGGAGUGAAAACACUCCAUCCAUGUGGAGUGUGGUGCUUCCCUUCUGGAUGUCUUGGAGGAGGGCAAUUCAUGUGUAGGAUCACUGAUAUGAAAUACAGCAUUGCAUGGAAGGGCCUGAGAAUGUAUCCACCUUCAGGAGGGAGGUCAUUGCUUGUGUUGCUAUAUUUUCAGUGAAGUCUUUUGAAAUCUUAAUAUUUGUUAGUGAAAUUCUCUCCUGUAGCACCUCUUAUUUCCACUGCCAGUCCCUGAAUUUCCCUGAUAGUAUAGCUAAAACUGCACAAAUCUGCCAGGUUGAAAGCUGCUGCAGUUCAUCUUCAAUAAAAACUGGUUCAGGCUGGCUAAAUGAUUUGUUAAUACUCAUAGUUAUUAAUUUUAUCAUAGAGCUGACAAGGGACAGAAGUGCUGGAAUAUUGCCCUGCCUGCAUAGGAAUCAUUGUCCUGUGUUUGUAAGUAGAAUAAAUUAAAUACCUUUACAAGAAAGGUAUGCACUGAAAUCACUCUUGAUACAAUCCUUUUGAGGAAAUCAAGACCAAUUUUUGAACUUGUGAUAGAACUAUGUAAACCUUUCCCUCCUUGUUGAUUGGAAAGCCUCUGGAGCUCUUUCUAAAUCAGACAAGCAAAACACAAACCAGCAAAGCAAAAUCCUAGAGAAGGGAGUGGGAGAUGUGCUCGUGAGAAUAAAAAUACCUCUAAUUUUGUCACAGACCUUGUUAUAGUGCUAAGAACUCUUGCUCAUGAAUGUUGUAUUUUUAUCUUUUUGCUGGAAUGAAGAUAACUGGUUUGGUGUGAGGCAGCUACUAAAGUCAAAGGUCUAAGCCUCUGUUACAACUGAAGUUUUACAGAAUAUAGAAAUAUUGGCUGUUUUUUCAACUUGACUAACUUUCAUCUUUUUGUUAUUUUUCUCAAAAUCAUGUUGCUAUCUAGGCAGCUGAGUUAGCACGUCUGAAACUAAGAGCUGAAACUAAGCAAAGCACCUGCUUUUUGAAACUCAGUGUCCUGAAAUGUGGUAGUUACGGAAAACCAUUCCUGGAAACAGCUUCAUGAAUACUAACUUAAUAUCGGGCUCAUCCUUGCCUGUGAUUAAGGAGUAAGGGACCUUUUGAUCUAGAAGUGAGGAUAAUGAAGGAGAUUAUAGCAAUCUCACCCUUUGCUGCCUCUCUGACUCUUCUUCAGCUUAAUAGAUCAGUAAGUAUUGGAAGAAGUCCAGGUGAUAGGAAGGACAAGCUGUUUUUUCCUGCCAUUCCUCUCAAAACACGGAUAUAAAACAGACUAACCAGCUGCUAUCUUGAAUCAUGGCCUCCUUUAGGAAAUCAUAUGGUGAGGUUUCCAUUAGCCGAUACUUCCAAGUAAGCAAAAUUCAUCAGGCUUUGUCCAGAAAUGCCUACUCCCCAUCUCCAUGGCUGUUUGAGAGGUGUUCUGGGUACUGUACCUGUCCUGGUGUGCAGUGACCUCCUCUUAACGUGGACUUGUAUUUGUGCCCCAAACCAUCAUCCUAAAGGAUCUCUCUUCCCUGUCCUUCCAGAUGACCUCUCCCCUUGGGGAUAGAAGUGUGAUUUUUAAAAAUCCAGCCAUAAGGUAGCUAAUAUAUUUUGUUAUUUGAACCAGCUUUUCUUUUAAAGUGUUGACAUACCCACCAAGAGUUCAAAAUAGCUCAAAAUAAAAAAUACUACUUCAACCAGGUGUUGGUAAUUCCCUCACUGGAGAAGAGAAAGAGGAUGGAAGAAGGAUGUGUUUUUCAAGGCAAUUGUAAAAUAAUAUCUGUUUCCUUGAAUUCCCAUAUUUUAUCUCUUGGAAUCUAUCAUAUGUUUGACUUUUUUGUAGUUUCUGAACAGAAAAACUAAUAAAAUACUCAGAAUUCUUUUUGUUAAAUAUUAACAAACACAUUUCCCUAAGUGGAAUGCAAAGAGCCAACAGGAGGCUUAAUGUAUUCUCCCUGGCUGACAUUUUUUUGGCAGCAGUGAGAACUUAAACAUCUACUUAUCCCUUUCUAAUUAUUCAUUUUCAUCAGUUUUUAUUGCAGCAGGUUGAGCUCUGGUGUAUUCUGCCUCUUCAGCUUAAUGCAUGUGCUUUAGAAUGAAUCUCACUCUGCUUUCCAGCUGUUGUGGGGGGCGGGGCGGUGGGGGGGUGGUGGAAAUAUGUUGCUAAUUGAAAAUGCUUGGGUAGGUUCUGUACAACCAGAAGAGAGGCACUGCCAGAUUCAGGCUUCUUCUGGCCAUUCUGAGUUCUCUGCAGGACUGUGAAGACACUCCAACUGUGGCUGUGAGGCCCAGCUGUGCGGGACAGAGCAGGAGCUGGAGCUUUUUCCCUGGUGGAAACGGCUGAUUGUUCCUUGUGGCCACUGCUGUGGCUUUGCCCAGUGCCUACCGAUGCCACCCUGACUGGGCUCAGGACCAGGGGAUGCAGCUUCAUGACCAGCUCAUGAUCCCAAAUAAUUACCCAUGGCAUGGUAAGCCCUGUCCUGCUUCACAGUCAGAAGUGCUGGGCUUACUGGAAAUUAUGGCCGCUCAUCCCUUAGGACACCAGCCUGCUUCUAGCAGCACUUGAAAUGCCUGGCAAGUCUCAGAAAGGCCUAUUAAAGCUGCAUCUUAAAUUACUGUCUGGGUACUCCCUCUGCUGUGGAGGGGAUCAGCUUUCUGCUGAGCUGAAUAUUUAUCCUGUCCGGGACCUUCUAAGGCAAGGGAACCUUUAGCACUCCGACCCUGUGGAAUUUACUAUUACUUGAUGUCUUCACCUUCCAAGUUAAACCCUUUUUUUUCCCCUUUUAUCCUGGAUUUAACUCCUGUGAGUGACUCCAGAGUGAGUUUAAGAAAGCAGCACCACUAGUUCUCGGGAUUUAUGAGUACGAUGGUGUUCAGUAAAUCACUAAAGUACCUUUUGGACAGUUCCUGCUGAUUUCUAAUUGUAUAUUCAAUUAAUUGUUUCUCUCAGAUGGGACCCAUAGCAGAGAUGAGUUGCAUCUUUUUCUGUUUAUUGGAAGGAAACAAUUACAGAAGCUUAAUACAUUUCAAGCUAAAUUCUUACCAACAGCUUAAGGAAUCUUCCUUCUGCAGAAGCUUUGUUAUUGUGUGAUUAUCUCGGUAGUAAAUGAAAAUUUUUCACUGAAAAUAAAUGCAUGGAGGAAAAGCAAUUUUGAUUAAAACUGCGUAAUCUGGAGUACUGAGACCCCAAUUCAAGCAUCUACUCAGGUGUCUCCAACAGAUAUUUUGGUGUUCUGCAAAAGUGCCAUAAUUACAACUUUUUUUUCUUCUGUGCAUGGGUUUUUAUAGGAAAUGCUUGGCUUUUUGUUUUUUUUUAAAUAAGCCCUCCAUAUCCUGAAAAUAAACACUCCUUCUUCAGGAAUGCAAGUUUUCUUUUUGGGUACCCAUCAUAUGCAGAGUAAAACUGCCAGAAGAUGUCCAGUUUUCAGGAAAAUGCUUGUUUGGAGUAGUCUGGCAGGACUCCUUUGAGCAUGUGAGUUGACGCUGCCUCUUGAGCUGUAGAGUUUGGGCAGAUGAUACAGAGUGUGCUGCACUAAUAGGAAAAAAAAGAUAUUUUAGCCAUAGCUCUGCCUGCUGAGUGAUACUUCUUCGUUCUGUGAGGGCCCUUCAAGGACUCUGAUCCUACAGAUCGAUCAUGUGUUGACUGGUUUUAAAGGCCUGGACUUUGUACUGAAAACUGCAAGGAGCAUGGAAAUGCCUGGAAAUUAUGUCCUUUAGUGUAUUAUCAUUUGGUCACGCUGCAUGGUUUGGCCUGUUACAAAACAUAUGCAUAAAAAUAAUUCUAUCUGAGUAUCCAAAAGCCAUCUUCUCUGAGACUUGCAUACAGGAGGAGGUCACUGGAAGGUGACUGCCUGAUGCUGCAGAGUGCAAGGACUUAAAACACUGCUGUGGUCUUAUUUCUAUCAGUAAUGAAAUCCCCACUGAGGCAAUAUUGGAUUAGGUCAGCUCUCAGUGCUCUUGAAACUCCCACUCCAUAAGCAUUUCCAAGAAUUGUUCCAUGCAAAGGCAGAAACAGAAGAUUUUUUUUUCUUGUUUAUGCAUGUCACCUUGCAUUGAAAAUGGAACAAAGAGUCAAACAGAGCUCUUACUCUUUUCAGAAGUCUCUGGAGACUCCCUUAAAAAUAGAUAGCACACAGUUAUAUAAAUAUAAACAAAAUAGUCUGAAGUUUAUCGCUCAGAUGCUGGUUAAUAUCUUGAAGAAUUACUUUCAAAUCAUUUAGAGGAAAAAAAUUCAAAAAUUUUACAUGUGAAAAAUAUCCCCUAUUUUUUUUCUCCUAAAAUGCACUAAUAACUAAAGAAACCAUGUUAAGAGAUCUGUGAAUUUCCCCAGGUUUCCAAAUUAUUCUGCACUUCUAGCUUUGCAUUCAAGUCCAUACUUCUGCAAGAUUUUCAAUUCUAGAUUAUCCCAUGUGGUGUCCACAGACUAAAAAAAAAAAGUUAUACUCGAAAUGUAGUCAAAAAAAGAAAAAAAACAAGCGCAGGAUGGAGGUUCAGCUCUUCUGAACUCUGUGACCAUUUAUGUGCUGCCAUUUAGUAGUGGUGGCCAAAGAAGUAGACAAAUAUUAGAAAGGAGAUAAAAGCACAAAAUGACACAGUAUCUCUGGUAAAGGUAACGGGAUGGAAGCAUAGGUUUAAAUGCUUGGAACCCGAAGUUAUUAAUAGAUGUUCAAUCUUUAUUCUUUUGCUUCUCUUUCCCUCAAUUCUUUUUGAACUGGGGUGAAACUUGCUGUGUUCACAAGUUGAUUAAAAUUUUCUCUGCACUACAUUGAACUUUCCUCUUGCUCUAAACAUAAAAAGUUAACAGAGAGACAAAAACCACUUAAGGUUUAUCAGUAUUUGUAUGCAGCAUUUUACAUCUUCCUAGUAGUAAUUACUCUAUUAACUCAUAAUUAGAUGAAGGCUCUCCUAUUUCCACUACUACUAAUCCCAGAGUUUUGAAGUCGUUCUUUCUGUGGUGAUUACUCUGUUAGGUGAAUGGAGAUUACUUUCAGCUCAGAUGUUGUGAGAAUUAAUUAACUCAUGCUUGGAAAGUAAAGUGAAAAAAAACCCAGAAAUUUUAUUAAGGUUAUCUGUUUUGAACAGUGAAAACAAGCAAAUGAACUACCCUUUUUAUCUGAGUGAAUUUAUGCUUUUGUGAUAAAAUCCUCCCCCAUUCUUAGGAACUACAAUAGGAGCAUUACCUUCAGGGUGCACCUGGAUUGCAGGACAGGGAAAAGCUGUGCAUUUUUUAUGAGAAAAUAAGGUUUUCUCCUCUCUGCCACACCCCUCAAUUUAUAAACCAAUUUGUCUGCUCUCUUUCACUGUUCUGACUCAAUCAAAUCAAUAGAAUUGCCUGGAUUUUAACCAGUUGAUUGUUCUCAAACCUGAGGGAAUUCAUCCUAUGAAAAUUUUAAAUUAUUUUAAAGCACUGUCAGGUUAUGAUACUUAGUCAAAGGUUCCUAUUCUGUAAUCUACUGAUUCUUUUUUCCCCACAAGUAUAGACCUUGAGCAGUUUAUGCUGUUGGUUGCUUUUGUAAGGCAAAUACCUCACUGCAUUUCAAACUUCUGCCACACUAAGGUGUCAGAUUGGAAUCAAAUAAUGAUCUAUGUCAUGUCCUUGUUUCAUGGAAGUGAUCCCUGAGCUGCUCGAUCUGUCAAGUGUGCUGUAUGAGCCAAGUAAAAAUGAAAAAAGGAUUUUUCUACACUGGGAAGCUUCACCAUUCACUGGCUGUAACUGAGAAUUAGAUAUCCUGAAGUAAUUUAUUGUUCUUGAUGGAUCUGAUGUCUGCAAGUGUUUCCACUCAUUGUCAAAUAAUUCUGUUAGACUUUACUGAUGGAAUGGGAUGAUCUUUUCCCCGUGCUUAUCAACUGCAAUUCUUCUUUUCUGAUAGUGUUUGCAGGGAAGAAAUCCUUCUUUCUUCUCUUUUUUUAAAUGACAAUUUUUAUCUAAGGCAUAAUUCUAAUCUCACAUGCUGGUUUUCUUAAAAAAGUUGGUCUUAUGCUUUUUUUUCUGUGUUGUGCACAAUAUUAUCUUUUCAUAACUGUACUUAUGUUUUCAGCAAUGAAAUCUCUACAAAUUAUCAUUCUCUUUAAAAACAGAAAGAUUUUCUGGCUUUCAUAAACCCCAGUCUGGCUGUAAAGUGUCUUUGGGUUUUAUCCUAAAUUGAACACAGUGACAUUUUGAAUCUUUGGAAUAUCUUAGUGCACUCAUAGUCAAUCAGGUGUCAAUAAAAUAGAAAUUAAUUAUCUGAAAUAGCUUUCAACUUCAGUUAGAAACAAGAAGUUUUCUCCUUAAUAAGGGCCUGUAGCUGCCGUGGUGCUAUUGAUGCCUUAAAAAACCUAGAAAUAAAACAAUACACUUUCAAGAUAAUAUUAGUGUAGGAGGUAAUACAAAGGCUGGUCUUUCUUGGAGGCCUCUAGGGGCAGACAUGGAAAAUGUCCACAAAAUGCCCACCCCCCCCCCCCCACCCCCCCCCCAGGGUGAAUACAGUUUUAUAAGUUUGGCACGUUAGCAUAAUUGACAAAAAUCACCAAUUAGAGACAUAAGGGGUGAGACGAUUUCCCCCGGUUCAACUCUUUCUGAAUCCUGCCUCCCCCCCACCUUCAGACAGAAACUAAACUUUGUUUAUAAAAAUAUGUCUCGAAGAGCUAGUCUCAACCUUGGGUCCUAGGGAGAACCAAGAUAGGAUAGGGGCCUUGGAAUUUAUUUUGUCUUUUGGGGAAACUAGCUAGAAUACAAUAAUAGGCUGCAGAGCUACAAAUAUAUGUGUAAAGAAUAGAGAGAAUAUAUAUAAAAGGAAAAAGGCAAAAAUAAAUUUGGCGUCAUUUCCCCCCCUUUUUAGAGACUAACAAGACUCUACUUUGUCUAGUCUCUACUCCAUAUUUAACCACACCACUUUAUCAUACAGCCAACUAUUAUUUAAAUAAUAACUACAGAUACUAGUGGUAUGAACAGUUCAUUUUAUCCAGGCCCAGUUUGAUAACCAUGAGGUGAUGGUGUCAAACAUAUAUUCAAAAUUCAGUGGGCCUUUUGAAAGCUACCUGAUGUAGAAUUUGAGUUUGCUUUCAAAUUUCAACCAAAUCCUUAAUAAUUCUUUCACUCUGAUCUACAUAAGAACAACGACUAGUGGUAAUGAUUUUGCAGCUAGUAGGAAAUUGAGAGUCAUUCUGUUUUGUAAAACUAUACCAGACAAAUCAUUGACUUCUUCUUGUAAGGCUGAAAUUGGAUCUGAAAUUUGCUUUUCAAUAUGUUCAAUAAUCCUUACUGUGAUCAAAUACUAUGUUUGGAAUUACUGUCCCAUGGGCACAGGCCCUAUCUUUAUCUAGAGGCAAAACAUACCAGACUUCAUUUUCACAUAUUCAGUACCACCCUGACAAGUUGUUCUCAUUAAGAGCUUUUGGAUACAUUUUGAACUGAAACCACAUGCAAAUUUUGGAACCAAAUCUGAACCAUGGUUACCAACUGUGCAUAUAACAGGCACAAAAGAACAAUUUAAAUCACAUCAUCCUGAUUUGUAUCAGUCUCUGUUUUCCAGUUUUUUCAGGAGCAGAGGUCUCUUAACUUUGGAGCAGUGAAUUCAGGGUUCCCUGCCAGCAACUCUGGCUUCAGUGAGGGUAGUCAGGACUUCGAAUGGUCCUCUCCACUUAGUUUGCAAGGGUAACUGUCCCACCAUUUAACAUAGAGCCAGUCUCCAGGCUGGAAUGGAUGGACAGAUGUGUCCAGUACUAUCAGUCUGGGCAAUGCGAUGAAUCUCUGAAGCUUCUGCAAAGUGGAAGUUAAAGCUAACCCUAAUCCUAACCUCAAAUAAUAAAAACAUUCAGCAUAAAUACAAGUAUUUUUUAUUUUCAUUUUAUUCCUCAUGGAAGUUACAAGGACUUCUAAACUUUUCUGUUUCUUACACAUACCAGACACCUGGCUUUAACCUGUGUUAAUGCUGUUUCACACUCUGGCUAUUUCGAACGCUCCAGAGAAAAGCAGACAAACAAAGACACCAGGGUGCCUCACUGUGAUGUUUUUCUAGAGUGGUACAUUGCUCUGAUAAUGAACUGUGAAAUGUAGCAUGUGGAUGAUGAUGAAUGUAAAAACAUGCAUGUGUUUUUAUUUGAAUGUCAUGUCCCUGAGAUGGAUUAUUAGUAUGAGCUCUGUAGUGUAAAAAUACUGAAAAGAGAAGGGAAGAGAAAUGGAAAGAAGAUAUUUCUAGCAGGUUUUGCAGUGAACCACAUCCCCUUUUGACUAUUUUUCCUUCUCAGAUUCGGACAUGGUAAUGUGGCCCUUACCAUUAUGAUGGUAAUAAACAAACUGCUCUGUUCCUAAAGUUAAAUCUGCUUCUUUCCAGCACUCUAACGGACAAUCUGUUUGCAUUUCCAGCACAUCCGAUUAAUUCCCAGGUGUGGGCUUGUGGGGCUACACUGACUGGGAGAUCAGUCAGGCUCACUGGUCAUGCCACGCCACGUGUUUCCUGCCCACAUCCUGCAUGUCUGUCCCUGUGCCAGGAGAUAAGUGACUGUGGUUUGGUACAUUCUAGCUUAUGGCUAGAAGCUGAAGUGCAAACUAAAACUUUGUGAAUUCCCUUCUAUUUCUUGUAGGCACAGCCACAACUUGGGGAAGUUUUGUGCUUGACAGAACAGAAAUGGGUUGGGCAAAGGUUUUUCAAAACUGUUAAUUUUGCAUUUACCUCACUGAGGUAUUUACAAGAAGUCAGUGAUUUCACAAGGCACCAACAUUUGUUGUUGGAGUUGUAGCCAUCCUGAAUAUCUGCCCAGCCAGGGCACCAGGGCAUAAUCACUGGGGUUAUCCCAACUCCCUGGUGUUUUACUUUGAGAACAAAAUAUGUUAUCUGAAGGCAAUCAGCCCAGGAAGCACUGCUUGAAAGCUUCUGUUUGCUUUGCCCGGUAGUUGCAAGGUCCCAGCUGUCACCUUCCCUGACCUACCAUCUGUACAUCUCAGACCUCCUGCUUUGUAGCUGACCCUGGCUGUGAGAAGGGGCAAGGCCUCCUGGUGCAGUACUCAAGGAAGUGCCGCUUGGAUCAGUGGUGCUACCAGAACUUAAACAGGUGUUGGAAAGGAGCUCAGUGUUUGGAUAAAACAAGGUGAUUUGGGAUCAGUCUGUGGUUUACAGGAAUGCUGGUAUGCAAAGCCCUGGCAGGACAGACACAAGGUUUCUCCUGGCUCUUUAGGGACUGGGCACAGUUGCCAUUUUUGCUCACUCACACAAUAUUCCCAAAGGAGCCGUGUGAUGUGGGAUAUCAGUGUUAGCUGGUAAAUUCUAGUACUUUCAUUUGCGUUCCUUCUUCUCUUGCCCAGUUUAUUGAAAAAAUGUGAUGGUAAUGUGGUAGUUCAAUGUCUUGAGGUGAUUUUAAAGUAGAUAAGCAAACAAUUAUGCCUCUGAGAUUGCAUAAUACCAUGGAUUUGUUUUACCUCCAGUGCCCAGCGUGUAAUACUUAUUGUCUCAUUUCUGAUAUGUGUAAGCUUUACAGGCUGGAUAUCACGUCCAAAUGACAGGAGCACUUAGGUGAACAUCUCAAAUCAUUGGUUUUUUGGCAUGAUCAGGAGCAAAGGUACUUGUGUGGAGUGUGUUAAACAUCCCAAACCGUGAUAUUGUUCCAAGUCUUGUGAUUAGGGCUUCGAUCUAAUUCACUCUCCAAUGUAGCAAAUGUUUGCUGUCAGCCAACACAAGGACUAAGGGAAUCUCUUUCUUUGCCCUGCAAUAAUGUAUUUUCUAUGAUUAUGUCUGUAGAAUUUGUUCAUUUUUCAAGUACUGUGCAGUGCUUCUUUGAAGAAUGUCCCUUUUUCAGAUGGUUUCAUGGUGACUGUACCCCAAAAUGUCUAAAUGUCUCUCAAUAGCAAAAAUUGCUUUGUUAUUGAAUGUAUUAUUUAUUAACAGUAUCUUGUCUUUUUCUAGUUGCAUUUUACAAAAUGUGCCACAACCACCUCAUGUGAUUUUUAUAAGGAAAGUCUUAUUUAUAAUGUUUGUGCAAGUGGAUGGAAACAAAUAAUGAUUUUAUAGUAGCCCAUGCCUUUUUUCAUAGCUGCUGAGUCUUAAUGAGCAUGAUCAGAAAGGACAGGCUCAUUGUUUAAUUUAAUUUUGAUGGAGUUUUUCAAAGUUAACUAUUACAUUAUUCAUUAUUUGAAAUUAAUUAUCUUAACAAAUAAAUAUCACCAUUUUAAGAAAUGAAAAGAGUAUUUGUGAGGCUUCUUUUUCUUCUCUGUUCCUCGCUCUCUAAUCCAGUAUGUCCAAACAAUCAAGGUAAUUCCCUGUUCCUCUUUACAUUUUAAACCUCCCCACCCCAGCCCCCUUUAAAAACAAUGGAGGAUAAAGGGUCAGAUGAUCCUGGCCACUGCAGGGACAGUUGGAGUAGGGUUCCUCGGUCUGGUAAGUACCAAAAAGCAAAGAUCUCUCUUUUCAUUUUAUUGGAAGGUUUAUCCAUAGCAAAGGUGGUUUCUGCUGCGGUAAGAUGGGAAGACAGAUGUUCCCUUUCCUUUAUCCAUGAUGGUUCUUUUUCAAAAAACUGUGUUUCAAGAUGAGCGGGAGAUCAUUUAACUUCCAGUUUACUCAGGUGUGGGCAGAUAUAAAUUGCUGAAGCCAAUCAAGGAUAAUAUCCCAGUGAUUAUGUUUAUGCUAGAAAUUCUCAAUUAUGCCUUAACUUUCCUUGUUUCUCUCACAUAUUUAUUUCCUUUCUCUAAAUGCAUGUUUCUACACAGUGAUUAAAUGAGAGUUCCUCAUUCUUCUUGGUUAAUAGUUCUUAGGGUUUUUAUAAUAUACCAUCUCCAUCAAGGUCACUCUCUAGAUUUCUUCCUGUUUCAAGGAGGGUUAGAUGUCAGUGGGGGCUCAGAAAAUGCGAACUCCCUGCCUCUGACAAUUUCUGCCAGGGGAGCUCUCCAUGGGUGGAAACUUCUGUGCAGGUUCUCUCUGUGGGUGCUUCCUUGUGAAGGCAAAAUUGCCUUGAAAGGUGUCCAAGUCCUUGAAGGUACAUUUGCACUUUGAGCUGGUGAAGUGCUACUUGAAAGGGAUGUCUUGCAGUUUUUCCUUCUGGAAAGGAAUCCUACCUUAGUUACACUGAUCCCCCAGGUAUUUUUGUUUAGUCCCGUGCCUCUUCUUCCUAACCCUUUAACCUUGACACUGAUAUUCAUUCCUUGUAUGAAAAUGUUCUGUGAAAAGGCAAAAUGUUGUCAGUAUCAGGGCCUUAGAACUCCUUCUGUCUGGCUUUGACAGGAGAUGCUUGAAUGUCAUUGGGGGGGUCAUGGCUGGGACAAGAGAAGCACAUCCAAUGCAGAAAAUUCUCUUGGUAUCUCACUUUAAGGGCUCUUUCACCCAGAUUUCCAGCCCAUUAUCAGGUACCCAGCUUGGACAGCCUGGUGUGGCUGUUAUUUUUUGGCUUCUAAGUAUCUAUUUCCUUGAUGUGCUUUUCCAGUUCAUCCCUUCAUGGCAUUUUAGCAGAAGUGUUGCACAUCUUCUAUUGUUUGAUCUGGGUGUCUGGUAGAAAAUACACUCCUAAAUGCAAAGGUCAGCUGGCAGAGAGAGCUGCAGUGGUGUUGAUGACAAUGAGUUAAUGGAGAUAUUCCCAUCUGGUGCAAUUUUGCCUAGCUCUGUUGAGAGGUUUUGUGGAGUUGAUGCAUCAGGCACACCGGGAUCUAUCAUCUGGCUGGGACAUUCUGCUUGAGCCUGUUCAAAAACUAGAUUUCAGCCUCCAUCAGGUAGCAGAUGAUGUGCAGCACAUGCUGUCUUCCUAAUGACCACGGAAAUUGUAUGUAACAUGAGUGACAACUUCAAGAAGAAGAUUUUCAGAAGACCUGGGACUUGGGACAAAAACCUUCAUUUUUGAUUUCUGCUGCGGAUUUUUUCCUUACCCCCUCAAACUGAUCAACCACUUUAUGUCAAGUUGCUGCUGUUUGUCGACGAGGACCAAAUCUUUGCAGUCCCUCAGAUAUUAAGGAAAAAUAUUCUUAAUGUACUUCAAAAAUUUUGGCAGAGAGAAUUGGAAUCUUGAAAGAAACAAGCGGCCCUGCCCAGAAGUUCCUCCAGUUGGACACUAGUCCCAGGUCACAUUUUGUGUUGCCAUAUCUGCUUAGAGAAUAUUUUAAGUGUGCCACAACCAUGGGAUACUUCAUUAUGUCCAUCUUGAUUAAACUGCUACUUCAUAAAAUAUCCUCCUGUAUUGUCCACUCAGGUUGGUAAUUAAACUUCCCAUCACGUAGUGUGGCUUUUCCUCGAUCUAUCCAUACAAAGGCCUUGAGUCUUCUCUCCUCCAGACAGGACGCCCUGUUUACUUACUGCUUUUGAUGAAAGCCAUCCAGCAGCUGUGAUUAUUAUCCCUGUUGUUCUUUGCUCUUCCCUGCAGUCUUUUCUGGUCCUACUUCUUUCUUUUUGACAUAAAAGGCUUAGAAUUCCAUCGAAUCUCAAGUGCAAGGUCUCUUGUCACUGUUUUCAGUGGUUGUCAAAUCAGGCCAUACUCAUCUCCAGCUUUUAGCCUCUUCCCUGAAAACCUCAAGAUCUGCAAGUCUGGUGGGCUAAGCAACUGAAAUUAAAAUUUAAAACGACGACAUUUUUGCAUUUUCGUUAAUCUAAUUGUUCUGUUUAAUUUCUGUAUACAUAUAUAUCCUGCGGUUUGGUGAGAAGGCUUCAGAUAUCUAAAGUAGACUUCUGACUAAAGAGAGAUUUAUACACAACCCCUUUGGAUAUCUGGGUAUUUUCAAGAAAGAAUGUUAGGACUCAAGGACUUAACUACUUUCCAUGAAAAGGUCUGCAUGGGCCCCUUUUGUAAAGGCCAUCUGGCCUUUUGUGAAGAACCAAUUUAAUUAUCUUGAAAGAUACUGGGAAGUGGAAUAAUUUGCUCUGGUCCACUCUGCUACAGACUCCUUUUAUUUUGUGGGCAUUUAACAGGGGUAAGAUUGUAAUGUGCUUUAGACCCUGUCCUUUUCUCAAAAAUUUUGAUCCAGUUCUCAAAAAGAUCACUGUCGUAUUUUCAAUAUUUUGAUGUCAGUUCAUCUACUUUGUAUUUUUCCUUUAUUAUGUACCCAUAACUGAGCAAAACCCAAGGUUUUCUUAACCAGUACCAGCAAUGCAUAGAUCUUACAAAACAGUUUAAAAAAAUCAAGUACUUGUAAUACACUGCCAAAGAAAAGGCAAUAUCACUAUAAAAGAAGAUCCUAGAUAAUUUUCAUGCAGGAUUUAUGCAUCAAUUUCUUGGAGCUUUGUAUUCACUAUUUAGAAUUACAAGUGGUGAUACUUGCAGCUCUACUUGUUGAAAUUAAUCUGUACCCAUGUUAUUAUGCAAAAAUAUUUCAUAAGACAUAGAGUACUUUCCCAAAAAGGGAAUGUUUUUAUACUGUGUUAUGCAGGCUUACUACCAAAAAACGUUAUAGAUGAUGAGGAAAAGCUUUUCAGAAUCCCUGUUUUAGAAAUUAUCUGCCAUGAUAUUAAAAAUAAAAUACAACUGUGUAUGCUGAAUUAC